AUGAGAGAAGUUUCUGCAAGAAAAUUGUCAAAGAAGAGACCUAAUUGUAAAGUGAAAAUUCACAUUGACACGGAUCCAGUGGAAGGUGGUAAAUUCGAAGUAGUGGAUUUCGUAGUGAGACACUUGCGAGUUCCAAAUUGGAGGGACUACAAUGGUUGUAAAUACGCAGCGUCCGAGGUAAUCCAACUUCUCGAUGACAUUAUCGUGUUGUUUCGUUCCGAAAAAGCGUUGUGCCACGUGUCACCACCAGUCACAAUAGUUGGAGAUCUGAAUGGACAGUUUCAGGAUUUGGUUCGGAUUUUGAAUAUCAAAAAUGAGAAAUGCAGAGUGGACGAUGCUGAGAAACCGGUGUUCUCAUCUGAAAAAUAUGUUUUUCUCGGUAACUACACUGAAAAUGGACAAUACAAUUUUGAGACGAUUUGUCUUUUGUUCGGUGCCCGAUACAUUCUACUUCGUGGACAUCAAGAAACGUUCGUAACUCAUGAUCUCUAUGAUCAAAUUGCCUGUAAAUUUCCUGGAAAAAUCGGUGAUGAUAUCUGCCAAAAGUUCAAAAUAGUUUUUAGUCUAAUGCCAAUUGCAGCAGUUGUUGGAAACAAAAUUCUGUGCGUUCACAGCGGAAUCUCUCAUGAAGUAAAACGAUCAGUGGAUGAAUGGAAAAAAAUUCCAAGAACAGAAGUAAUCACUCGAUUGUCUUCAAUAACUCGGGAUUUAUUGUUUUCCUGUCCAGUGGAUGACGAUGGAGUUGGAGCUGAUUCUGAUGACCCAAUAUUCUUCAUUUCAAGUGCAAACGAAUACAUCAAAACGUUCAACGAAGCAGCUGUAACAGUAUUCUGUGAAAAGACAAACAUUGAAUUGAUUGUCAGAUCUCACGAUGCUCCUCCAAAGGGAUUCCGAUUUUUUGCCGAUAAGCAGCUUAUUACUAUUUUCUCCGCAACAACAUACAAUAAAAAAGAUAAUAUCGCAGCAUUUCUGAGAGUGGACGAAGAAGGAGUUGUUUCGAUUGUUCAGAUGAGACCGACAGAAGUGACUGCUAUGAAACCAGACGAUAAGAAGAGAAAGAAAUCAGGAGAAACUGGGAAAAAGAGUGCUAAACCAGGAAAGAAAGCAAAAGAAACACCGAAGAAAGGGAGUAAAGAGAAGACAAGUGAUAGUAAAGACAAUUCGAAAGAAAGUAAAGAAGAAAAUGAUGGAAAGAAGAAGAAGCCGACGUCAAAACCAUCGAAAGAGCUUGACUCUAUCUACGAUAAUGAGACCGAUGAUUGA